GCUGUCAUCAGUUCUUUGUAAAUUUUGUGAAAAUGGCGUUCAGCUUUCCAGCCUUUUCGUAUAUUAUAGCGUUAAUUAUUGACGCAUUCUUAAUAUUCUUUUCCAUAUUCCACGUGAUUGCAUUUGAUGAACUAAAAACCGACUAUAAAAAUCCUAUAGACCAGUGUAACAGUCUAAACCCGUUGGUGUUACCGGAGUAUCUGCUGCAUUUAUUUAUAAAUGUGUUGUUCUUAUUAUCAGGAGAAUGGUUUUCUCUCUUGAUAAACAUUCCAUUGAUUUUGUAUCAUCUACACAGAUACUACACUCGUCCUGUAAUGUCUGGCCCAGGUCUUUAUGACCCAACCAGUAUCAUGAAUGCAGACGUGCUGACCGUCUGCCAAAGAGAAGGCUGGAUCAAACUCGCAUUUUACUUAUUAUCAUUCUUUUUAUACCUUUAUGGAAUGAUCGUAGUGCUAAUUGCAGCAUAAUCGACAUCGAAUACAUUAGUCACUCGUUCCAAUAAGUCAUAAUUAAUUUAUUGUUAGCGCCCUGCGGUUGUAUCGUGUGUCCGAUGAACAAGGAAUGUUGUAUAGUUGAAACUUCGCAGUAUUUUGAUAAUAAAAAUUAUUGUAUAUGU